AUGGCUUCUGCUAAGGUUGAAGUGGAGGCGAGUAAAAUGCAAUUGAAGCAUCUGAUGUUUGUGAGGAUUCUGGCGAUUAACGCUGUGGUGAUGGUGUCGAAUCUUUACGACUACGCGAAGCAGAAUUCCGGUCCGCUCAAAUCCACCGUCGGCACCGUAGAAAACGCCGUUACAGCUGUUGUUGGCCCCGUUUACGAGAAGUUUAAUGACGUUCCUGGCGAUGUUCUUGUUUUUCUUGAUAAGAAGGUGGAUGAAGCAACAUACAAAUUUGACGAAUGGGCUCCACCUUUGGCCAAGAAAGCAGUGAGUAAAACCCAAUCAGUUGUCAACAAGGCAUCGCAGGUAGCCCAAGAUUUGUUGAAAGAAGCUCAGGUUGCUGGACCACGUGCUGCAAUUUUCCACUUGGGUACAAUAUCCAAGCAUUUUGCCGUGAGCCAAUUGGCUGUCGUGUGGUACAAAGUUCACCACUAUCCUGCCUUGCAUGGAGUGGCAGAGCUGGCUGUUCCUACAGCUGCACACUGGUCUGAGAAGUACAAUAAUUUGGUCAAAUACAUGACUGCAAAAGGUUACACCGUCUUCAGUUAUCUUCCAUUAGUUCCGGUCGAGGAAAUGGCCAAGGCAUACAAGCAGGUCGAGGCAUCCGUUGAUAAGAAGGGAGAUUCAAGCAGCUCAAGUGAAAAUGAUUCCGACGAGGAAGAAUAG